UUCUAAGAUAUAAUAAGCCGCGGAACCCUAGCUAAUCCCCCAAAGGUACAAGCAAAAACCUCUCUUUCUCUUUUGCCCAUAGAUUCUCCCAGAGUCCCAGGGCCGGGGUUAAUUUGUUUUGUACGUGAAUAUGAAGAAGAAAGUGUUCACUCCAAAAGGUGGAGCAAGAAAGAGCAAGCGAUUUUCACGGGACCGGUUUUUCAUCACGGAGUCGAAGAAACGGCGGCGGAAGAUUGAGAAUGACGGUGAUGUGAUAGAUAGCGGCGACUCGGAGGAGGACUAUGAAUUGUUAGGUUCCCACUCGGAUAAAGGUCAAUAUGGGUUAGAGGUGGAGGAAGAGGCUGAGACUGCGGGCGAGAAGAUGAGGCGCUUGGCGAUGGCGUACUUGGAGAAUAUUUGGAGAAUUGCGGCGAAAGAAAAGGAGAAUGACGAGGACGGGAGCGAGACGGAAGGCGAGAUCAAGAUCAACUCGCGUGUGUCGAGGAUUUUGCAGCGGCAGCAGCUCGAGCGGACUGGACGUGUUCGCCGAGCCAUUGCGUCUAGGGUUCAAAUGCCAGAAACUACUGAUAAAUUCCAGAUCUUGGUGAACCACCGAGAGUCCGUCACUGCCGUGGCUUUAUCUGAGGACGACUCUAAGGGUUUUUCAGCUUCCAAGGAUGGCACCAUUUUGCAUUGGGAUGUAGAUAGUGGAAAAGGAGAAAAAUAUCAGUGGCCUAGAGACCAAGGAGUGAUGGUUAAUCAUGGAGCCAAGGAUCCAAAAGGUUCAGCUUUAAGGCAUAGUAGACACGUUUUAGCACUAGCAGUAAGCUCCGACGGUCGAUAUUUAGCAAGUGGAGGUUUAGAUCGACAUAUUCAUCUGUGGGAUGCCCGUACACGACAACAUAUUAAGGCCAUUUCGGCUCACAGCGGACCCGUAUCAUGUUUAGCUUUUAGGCAGGGGACUUCAGAAAUUUUCUCCGGUUCAUUUGAUCGAAAAAUCAAGAUGUGGAAUAUAGAAAACGAGUUAUUGAGUACUGCAGAAAACGAAGACCGCGGAAAUCAUGAAUUAUUUCGUCACAGCAGUAAAGUAUCAACCAUUGAUUGCCUACGGGGAGAACGGGUGUUGAGCGUUUGUCCUCACAGAAUGCUGUUGCACAAGGCAAAAAUGCAGACACAAUUUCUUGCCCGGCCAGCAUCUUCUGCUCUGGAAUGCUGUUGUUUCAUUAGUGAAGAUGAAUUCCUAUCUGGCUCUGAUAAUGGAAGUGUUGCGCUCUGGAGCAUAUUGCGAGAGGAGCCUGUUCAAAUUUUCAAGAAUGCCCAUACAUUGUGGGCUGCAAACCAGAAUCUUGAACAAAAGGACACAGAAAAAUUCCCCUACAGUUGCAUAGAAAUUGGUGAACAAAGUUCUGAAAGCUCUAGUUUUCAAUCAGCAUGUUCCAGCUGGGUCAAUUCCGUCACUGUGUGUAGAAGCAGCGAUCUCGCUGCAUCAGGAGCUGGUAAUGGUUUUGUUCGAUUAUGGGCCAUUAAUGGAAGCGAGACCAGAGUCAUGAUUCAGCCCUUGUUGGAGCUUCCGUUGGUUGGGUUUGUGAACUCCUUGGCUUUUGCUAAAUCUGGUCAGUUCCUGGUUGCUGGAGUUGGGCAGGAGCCUCGUUUGGGAAGGUGGGGACGUAUCCAAUCAGCUCAAAAUGGAAUUGCACUUCAUUCCCUCAAGCUCUCAUGAUAAGAUCGGCAUAUGGUUUUUGCAGCAUAUAACUCCAAUUAUGACUAGCUAUAAUCUAAGUACUUUUAAUGUCUAGU